GUAUUUACGCAUUAUAUACCCCGUAUAUUUUGACGAUAGCCAUUCUAACAUUUUAGAGAGCUCAGAAUGGCAUCAAACAUUCAAUACCAGAAAGGAGAGAGACCCGACCUCGCUAAACAUGACAGCGCCGUACUGGACCUGGCGUUCGCCAUGGAUUGUACAGGAAGCAUGUCCUCUUAUAUCCACACUGCCAGGGACAACAUCAGGAAGAUAGUGGAGGACAUCGUUGCCGCCGAGAAAAGCGACGUCCGUCUAGCUCUAGUGGAGUACCGCGACCAUCCCCCACAAGACUCUUCAUUCGUUACACGGGUACACGACUUUACCCCGUCCAUCGGGACAAUGAAGAAGUGGCUGGACGCAUGCUCAGCGCAAGGCGGCGGUGACACACCGGAAGCAGUUGCCGAUGCUUUGCAUGAUGUUCUAAAACUAAGCUGGCGGGAAAACGCCACCAAGAUCUGCGUCUUAAUAUCUGAUGCUCCUCCACACGGCUUGAGUCCAAAUGGCGAUACAUUUCCGGAAGGUUGUCCAGCGGGACUGGAUCCCAUGGUAACGGUCCGUGAACUUGCACAGAAAGGUGUAACGUUGUAUUCUGUUGGUUGCGAGCCUGCAAUAAAUCAGUAUCGAGACUUUUUCAUGGCACUGGUUUAUAUUACGGGCGGACAAUACGUUCCUCUUGCCGGAAGCAAAAUGCUCACUCAAGUUAUCAUUGGUGGGGCACAAGAAGAGAUUUCCCUGGAAAAAUGGAUGGCGGAAGUAGAUGAGGAGAUCAAAAAAGAAAUGGAGGCGGGUCGGAAGAUCAAUGACGAAGAAAUGUCCCACGUAAUUCAUAAAAAGCUAAAAAGCAAAGGGGCUGUGUCUAAGCAAUUGAUGCAAAAUAAAAUGGCGCUGCGCUCUGAAACCGACGACGUCAGGAAAUACGCUGAAUAUACAACUAUGGGCGCCGUGCGCGGAGGCUAUAAAAUGGCAGCCCAUGCCCCGUCAAUGGCGACUCAUAGCGAUGUAUAUGAAUGCGAAGAAGCAGAAACAUCUUUAGCUCAAGCGACGAGGAUGGUGCAAAAGUCCAAACAGCGCAUGAUGAAGAAAUUCUAACGAUAAUCGGUAUUCAGCAUACCGGAUAUACUUGCAUUUUGACUGAAUUAUCAUCUUUUUGUUAAUUCAUUGUGGAUAUUUAAUUCACCCCAUAUCAAUUCAUUAUGUAUAUAAGGUAUUUUUCUAUGAUUUGUACAUGCAUUCAACUUUAUAUGCUAAAUUAAUCCAUUUUUGUUUUUAGUGCAAUAUGAUAAUAAUAAAUAUUCACACCCA